AUGUCAUUCAUGUCACUGACCCCAGUGUGGAUUUCAACCUUAACUGUAAUCGUAUUUUUGGAAACCUAUACGUUGGUUCAUUUAUUUAUAUAGAUGAAAUCCGCAUUCUAUAAGAUUUGGGUGUAAAUGCCAUACUCAACUUACAGACCGUUGAAGAUCUUAUUAAUAAGGAUCUGCCUGAAGAUUAUUUUGAUGAACUCAAAUCUCAAAGUCAAUCCUUAGGUAUCACCUAUCUACAAUGUCCCAUAAAAGAUUGUAAUAAGAGAUCCUAUCUCUAAUAUGGACUUCACGCUUACUAGAUCCUCAAGAAACUGUUGGAUCAAGGGAAAUGCGUGUAUGUUCAUUGUACUGAUGGGAUUCAAAGGAGUGUUCAAACUAUCAUACUCUACCUGGUUCAGGAUUUGCAUUACUCUCUCGAGUAGGCCAUCGAAUUAGUUCAAGGCAUUAGACCAAGGUCGAAGCCCAUUCGUGAAGUACUACAAACAAUCCUGAAUCUUUGAUAUCCAAAUUUUAUGUAAUC